GGCGAUGCGGAGCCUCGCUCCAGGAAAAUAAUUAAACAUGGGCAAAGGAGAUCCUAAGAAGCCGAGAGGCAAAAUGUCAUCCUAUGCAUUCUUUAUGCAAACUUGCCAGGAAGAGCACAAGAAGAAGCACCCGGAUGCUUCCGUCAACUUUUCAGAGUUUUCUAAGAAGUGCUCAGAGAGGUGGAAGACCAUGUCUGCUAAAGAGAAGGGAAAGUUUGAAGACAUGGCAAAGGCUGACAAGGCCCGCUAUGAAAGAGAAAUGAAAACUCCUAAAGGGGAGACAAAAAAGAAGUUUAAGGAUCCCAAUGCACCCAAGAGGCCUCCUUCGACCUUUUUCUUGUUUUGUUCUGAGUAUCGCCCAAAAAUCAAAGGAGAGCAUCCUGGCCUGUCUAUUGGUGAUGUUGCAAAGAAACUGGGUGAGAUGUGGAACAACACUGCUGCAGAUGACAAGCAGCCUUAUGAAAAGAAGCCUGCUAAGCUGAAGGAAAAAUAUGAAAAGGAUAUUGCUGCAUACCGAGCUAAAGGAAAGCCUGAUGUGGCCAAAAAGGGAGUUGUUAAAGCGGAAAAGAGCAAGAUAAAGAAGGUAGAGGAAGAAGAUGAGGAGGAUGACGAAGAUGAGGAAGAGGAAGAGGACGAAGAAGAAGAAGAUGAUGAUGAUGAUGAAUAAGUCAGUUAUAGCGCAGUUUUUUUUCUUGUCUAUAAAGCAUUUAACCCUCCUGUACACAACUCCCUCCUUUUAAAGAAAAAAAUGGAAAUGUAAGGCUGUGUAAAAUUUGUUUUUAAACUGUACAGUGUCUUUUUUGUAUAGUUAACACACUACCGAAUGUGUCUUUAGAUAGCCCCGUUCCGGUGGUAUUUUCAAUAGCCACUAACCUUGCCUGGUACAGUAUGGGGGUUGUAAAUUGGCAUGGAAAUUUAAAGCAGGUUCUUCUUGGUGCAGAGCACAAAUUAUUUAUAUAUGGGUAUGGUAGUUUUUUUUCAUCUUCAGUUGUCUCUGAUGCAGCUUAUAUGAAAUAAUUGUUGUUCUGUUAACUGAAUACCACUCUGUAAUUGCAAAAGAAAAAAGUUGCAGCUGUCUUGUUGACAUUCUGAAUGCUUCUAAGUAAAUACAAUUUUUAUUAGAAAAAAAAGAAAA